AUGUUGCCGGGAAUAAAACGUUUCGUGCUCAAAAUUGUAAUAAUCCAGCGUCUAAUCGUGUCAUAUUAUUAUUAUUAUAAUUACCCAGGUUCAGAAGUAGAGGAAUAUAAACGAAGAGCUACAGUUGGACACUGGGUACUCGUCAAAGACGAGCCCGAUGCCGAUGAUCGUCGCGACUGGGUGACCGCCGCGGGACGCUUGCCCACCGGAUCAGCGUUCACAGUCGACAGCGUCACGAUCGUGCCCGGCAUCGGCGAACGUUUCCUGGACGUUUCUGGUCGCGGUUUCGUGCACGCGGACGGUCAGCACUUUGCGGGCGACCCGUUCGACCGCGUCACCGUCGUGAACGCGGACGACAAUGUGCUACGAUUGGCCUCGUUUAGCACGUUCAAAUCCGUCUGGCGGCUGAGCCUGCGACGUAACCGUCUAGAAUCCGUCGAACCUGUUGACGGCGAUCUGGCGAAUACAUUGAUUUGUCUAGACGUUUCGGAGAACCGACUGGGUCCGGAAGACAUCUACCGCUUGUCCACGUCAAAACUUAAACAACUUAACGUGUCGGCCAAUCAACUGAUGGCUGUUCCCGAGAGUAUUACCGAUUACCAUUGCUUCUUACUGCUCGAACAUCUGGACCUGAGUGACAAUGGCUUAUCGAGUUCGAAAACGUUCUACGUACUCUCUACACUACACAACCUGCAAGCGUUGGAUAUGAGCACUAACCGAAUAACGUUUAUACCAUAUUUGAUAACGAAACAGCUACUUGACUCUGGUCGUGCUGAUGGCGAAGAAGACGCUGUCGGUGAUUAUCCAAACGCAGAGGAGAAUGUAUCGAGUAACAGUCAAGAAGGUGGUGGUCAGAAUGUGUAUCAUGUACAGCACAUUCCAUUUGUCAGCCUAAAGACAAUUAAUUUAACGAACAAUAUGAUCGCUCAGAGCUCGUCGGUUUUGCCUUUAGUGUGUUGGCCAUCGAUGACGUGUAUCACGUUAACGGCAAAUGCUAUAUGUCUGAAGAAAAAUUUGAAAACGUUCAAGAAUUUGAAGUCCACCAUGAGUGUGUACGGUAUUACGAUCAAACGGUGAUUAUUGUUUAUAAAGUAAAA